AUGAACCUAUCCACUGGUAGCUUGUCUAACGUCGUCGACUUCAGCCAGGAGACGUGUCGUCGUGGCGCCGAGCGUCAACAGUGUGGUGCUUUGCGACGGGCCAUCUCUAACUGUGACAUCAUGGAAUCGCUACAAAUCGGAGCGCAAAUGCAAAGGGCAAUGAAACGAUGUGAGGAAAUGACCGGAUUACUCGAUCAGGAAGCACCGUACCAUCGCAAUGUAGUGAUUCCGGUCUUUAUUGGAAUAAUCUCUGCAGGAACUGCGCUUCUUUGCUACUGCGUCCUGAAAAACCUAAGCAAACGAUGUAUAAAGAGAUUUGCACGGACACGAAUCUCCUACAUGAGUCGCGAUUUUGAGGGCGAAAAGAAGCACAUGAUUCCGAAGAGAGGAGGUGAAAGUGAUGACGACAUGGUAACCUCAUUCCACAGGUUUGCCACAAGAGUACAUUUCUUUGCACCUCACAUUGAUGGUUUACCACUUCGUCCAACGACAUAG